UAUACUAUCUGCAAAUUCUCUCUGUGCGUAAACUCUUAUAAAGGAGAACCAGAUUUCAGCACUGUCUUCGCUGAGUAAAGUAUUACGUGUUGUAGUGAUGGAUAGAGAAGCACAAGAAUUCAAUUUUCUGGACGCCUUCGGAACCGUGGGAGAGGCGUGGAAAAUCUUGCUUCGUGAGGCGAAAAUCGUGGCAGCCACUGCCCUCACCCUACUGCUGCCUCUUUUCUUUGUAAACCAUGGCAACAGUUUAAUCUCGGAGGCCCUCCUCAGGAAAAUCAUGAUAAACGACGGAUUAUUGGGCAAACCUAUCACAGAAAGCAUCCGCCACCUGCAAAUUGCGGACCUUGUACUAAUAACGGCACUGUAUGUAACCCUACUUUUUGCCUUCUCUCUGAUUUCAAGAUCAGCAGUGGUGAACACGGUGGGAGCCACCAACGUAGGCAAAGAAGUGUGCUACACAAAGGUUAUGAACGUGGUGCCCAAGAUAUGGAAGUGCCUCAUCCUCACUUUUCUCUGCUCAUUCCUCAUUAUGUUUCUAUACUAUGUGCUCAUCGUGGGUGCCCUGUUUUUCUGGUUGUUGAUGUAUGGAGCGGAUGGACAGAAGAAGGGGACCCUUCCCGUUGGGGUCUUCAUUAUUUUCAUCGUUGCAUUCCCUUUCCACGUGUACAUCGCCAUGGCGUGGCAGGUUGCCAGCGUGGUUUGUGUGGUGGAAGAUACACAAGGAUUGAACACCAUGAAGACGAGCAAACAACCCACGAAAGGAAAGCGGGAUAGCUCGUUGGCGUUGAAUCUUUUUUACGCGCUGCUGAUGGGCGUUAUUGGUGGCGUUCAGAGGUAUUCAGCGUAUGGAAAGGAGCAGCAAGUGAUGAGCGUGGGCGUUAUUGUGGUGGUGGUGUUGUUGCAGUGUAUUGUUUAUUUAGCAUCGCUGCUCACUCGUGGCGUCCUUAAUUUUGUCUGCAAAUCCUGUCACCCCGAGGAUACACAUUUGAAGGCUUUGUUCAGUCAUUUAAGGAUGUACAAUAGAGGCUAUAUGCUUCCCAAGGAUGCCUCUAUGGAGUUCGAGAUGUUUCGUCUAUAGAGGUUGUUAGGAAAUAUAAGGUGUUAAAAAUAUCCCGUAGAACAAUCUUUUAAAAAAUUUCAGGGGCACAAUUACUCAGAAAUUAGAAUAUUUAGAAUAUUUCUUAUC